CAAGCAUACGAGACAGUGACUGAGAGGCAGAGAGGAGAAGAAGAUGAGUUUGAACCAGAAGAUGAUCGUGAAAGUGGCCGUGGUGCUGUUCCUGAUGGCUUUCACCGCCACGACGGAGGCUCGCCUCAAUCCGAGCACCUUGCUGGCCUCGGCGCUGAUGAACGGCGAGCAGAACUUCAUCACCAAGUCCACCACCACAGCAUGCUGCGACAACUGCGUCUGCACAAAGUCGGAGCCACCUCAGUGCCAAUGCAGAGACAUCGGAGAAACUUGCCACUCCGCCUGUAACUUCUGCCUCUGCGCUCUCAGUUAUCCUCCACAGUGCCGCUGCCUUGACACCACCAACUUCUGCUACCCUUCUUGCUCCUCCACCGCUAAAACGGCCAACUGAUCACCACGCGCCUCCGUCGUCGUCGUCGUCAAUAACGAUGUCAUCUUAUGCGAGCAAAGCCUGAAGCUACUUCAGGCUCUGUUUGAUCUGUGUGUCUGUGAAUCCUAUCUUGUUGUUUCAAUAAAAAUUCUUGUGCCUUGCAUGCUUGUGGAGUUUGCUAUUUUGCAAACUCGUAAUUGCUUGCAGGCUCUUGAUCCCUAUUUUAACUAA